AUGGUGGCCCAGCGACGUGACAGACAUUCUGGGGGACAUGGGGCACAUGGGGAAUAUGAUCUACCUGGUGCUCCACCCCCGGAAUCACGACCUCCCGAUCCUGCCUUUCCGGUACAUGAUACAAUAUCAGUUGGGGCUGGCUCACUGCCGCCCGAUCAAAGCAAAGAAAUGGCGCAGGGAGAUCCCCCACAUGGUGAAGCGACAGAACUGAUCCAAAACUUCUUCGAGCAUAUUUACCCAGUUCCUUCUUAUGCAUUUUUGCAUCCUUCCACGACUUUGAAAAAAUACAACGAAGGCACAUUGGAGCGACCGCUCGUUCUUGCCCUUUGUGCCUUGACCUCUUUGCACGUGCCUGCACAUAACGUGGCCGUCGACCGGGAGAAGAGUGCUGCAUGGGUGACGAACGCGGAGGAGAUCAUUUGGAAACGCUUGGAAAAUCCAUCAAUGGCUCGUUUGCAAGCUCUGUUGCUGACGAUCAGUUAUCGAAUGACAACAGGGAGCUACGAAAAGGCCUUCAUGUUGACUGCUAUAGCUGCCCGCGCGGCCUCUGCCAUGGGUCUCAAUCAUGAACAAACCCACUUGGACCCGAUUUUGGAAGAGACCAGGCGCCGCACCGUAUGGUGUUUCAAGUUGCUGGAGUCAUAUUUUUCGAUCGGGCUGACCGAAUUUGAAGUCUGCCCCUUUGAAUGCAUUUACUUACACCCUCCAUCAUUGGAAGACUCUUUUGGUUUGCUAUGUCCGCCCGGCUCUGAAGAUUUUGCCAUUCACGCGUUGAGAGAUCAGAAUGAACUGGGGUCACUGAAUAUGUGUAUUCGGUUGGCCUCUAUUCGCCGGGACAUUAUGAAGUUGACGCGGGAACUUGCUGUUUGUAGCGAGCCUUACUUGCAUCUCCAAGACGUGACUGGAGGUCUUGGGGAGAUCCUCUGUGAGCUCAAAGCUGAAAUGCCAAACCAUGCGGAAAUCUCGACUACGGGGUUGAAAAAUAUGAUUGAAAGUUCCUGGUUGCCCCGUCACAUUAUGAUGUUUACCUUAUGGCAUGGAUGCUAUUUUGACCUGUAUCGCAUUUUCCUUCCUGGAUACCCUGAAGCUCCGCCAUCUAUAGUUCUGAGCACCAUCGACGCCCAGUUCGUUCGGACGGCGACCAGAGCCUGUGUUGAACAUGCACUGGCAGUGGUCAAUUUGUUUUGCGACUUGAACCAGACAUGUACCAAGCCACGGCUGCUUGAAUUUGCUACUGGGGUGUGCGUUUAUCACGCCAUUCGAUUAAUUUUGUUUAUUGCUCAUUCGUCAACUGAGCCAGAUCUUCUUAGUCUUGAAUUCGCAGUAAGUCGAGCGGAGUUAUGCCUGGCAGCCAUCAAGCGGUUCUUCCAUGGGCUAGCCUUGUCACAACCAAUCCUUGAUGAUAUUGCCCAAUUGAUUGAAACAUUCUCAUCUGGCACUUCCGCUACAGAGAGUCUUUCAGUAUUUCACAAAGUUAAUCAUGGUCGGAAGUCUGACACCCGGAUUUUAUCUGCUGCUCGACCUCGGCAACACUUGGCUGUCCACAGUGUCUUGCAACAAGCCCAAUUCCUCACAGAGGAAUCUCUCUCAUAA